AUGGCCUCCUCCAUAUCCCCAUAUCCGUCGCCCGACUCCGAAGACGGGUCCUUAGUCCCAACCCGCGAGCGGACCAACAGCAUGUCGGAAUCCUCUCGCUCCGGUAGCACAAGCAUGGCCGACAAUUCUCAGAGGAGAUCAAUCCAGUUCAACAUCGGAUUGUCCGAGUCACAGCCCCCUUCACGCUCUAGUAGCACGACCGGCCGGAAGAACUCGCAGCCUGAUGUACAUGAAAGGGAUCUGAAGGUUCCGGGACGAGGCCACUCACCUCCACCACCUCAGACCUACGAACGAGGUGUUUCCUUCGAUAACUUUGAUAACCCGGAUACCCCGGACUUCUCCCUCACCCUUAACUACAAACACAAAGGCUACCAGCUCAGCCGUCGCAGCCGUACAUUCCUCUGCGGCACCGAUCUAAACGAUUACUCGGACUUUGCCCUUGAAUGGCUCAUUGAUGAACUGGUGGACGAUGGCGAUGAAAUCGUCUGCCUGCGGGUAGUCGAAAAAGACUCUAGCAUUGCGAGUGAUGCUGCGGUUGAGGCUGGAAAGUACCGCCAGGAGGCCGAGAGGCUGUUCGAGCAGGUCAUCCAGAAAAAUAGCCAGAAUGAAAAGGCGAUCAGUCUGGUCUUGGAGUUGGCCGUCGGCAAGGUUCAUGAUAUCAUACAGCGCAUGAUCAAAAUCUACGAACCUGCCGUCCUAGUGGUUGGCACCAGGGGCAAAAAUCUGAAUGGAGUCCAGGCCCUCCUUCCCGGUUCUGUCUCGAAGUGGUGUUUGCAGACUUCACCAAUCCCUGUCAUCGUGGCGCGUCCUCCGACAAAGAGGGAGAAAAAGAAGAAGAAACGUCUUGCAGAUCCCACCAGGCGCAGCUACAAUCAUAUUUUAGAAUUGAGCGAACAACGGGGAAGCCACAUCUUCUCUGCACCAUCAAGCCGAAAUAGCAGCGUUUCGAAAUUGCCAGACGAAGAGGCCGCUGUAGCAGCUGCUCUCGGUCUCCCCCAGACCUAUACCACCUCGCGAUCUUCACUUUCUACUUCCGAGCGCAGCAGCGUCAGCCAUGAUGGACCUCUGACUCCCAUGGCCGAUUCACUGGAAGCUAUCAACAAAUCUUUAGCAUCAGAUCUCUCUCUUGCCGACAACGCAAAUGCCAAUGGAAACGUCGGUACAUCGCCUAACGAUUUAUUGUCCCCCGCUGGUGAUAUCCCGUCGCCGGUAGAUGGGUCGGGUGAUCCCACGCCAGAAGCAAGAAGUCCAGAAGUGAACAUCCCAGUGAUUGUGACAGACGAUAUCCCUGACGACACCAAGGCCAAGCGUCGUUCGCUGUAA